AGUAGUUAGCUGUUCGUAGUUAUUUACUUACUAUUUAAAGCUAAUGCUUUCUGAACUGUUAGCUUGCUGGAUGAAUUUCUGGCUUUAGCUCGAGUUUAUAGAAAAGUUUCACCUUUUUAUUGUUAUGUUUUACUACAUAAAUGUGUAAUAAUGUAUAAUUUGGUGAUUAGGAGCCUGUCAGUGUUGCUGGAGGACAAAAAGAGGACAUUUGUCAGGUUUUAUUCAGUGAGAUUAUUUUAAAGUGCAGUUAUGGUGCUGAAGAUUUUCUUCCCACGAUGCUGUAACAUGGCUGACAGCGGUCUGCUCCUGGGUCGCUGGAUCCCAGGACAGGACACCGCUGUGGUGCUGGCUGUCAUUCACUACCCCUUCAUACCCGGCCAUGUGAAGAAGUACCUGUGCGAGCUGCGCAGCCAAAUUCACCUGGAUCUGACCGUUCUGGGGUCAUGGAGCUUGUCCAAGGAUGGUCAGAAGGAAACGGACGGCUUCUUGAAGGACCUCAGCACCAUCUUCACUCACUCACGCUGGCUGCAGCUGAGCCGCCAGCCUGGCAAGAAAGGCUUCGCUUGUGAGGUGGUGUGCAAAAACGGCCACACACCACCAAGCGAGGAGGAAGACAAAAUCAUCUUUGUUCAUUAUGAUCAGAGGAAGGUUAUGCUCUCAAAGCUUCAUCCUGUCCAUGAAAAUGGUGCUGAUGUGGAGUCUUCAGAGCUACGUGCGGUUUUCCACACGGUUUCCCAAAGCGAGCCGCUGUUCCUCCUCGACAGAUACGACGAUGGGCCGCUGAAGCUGACACACUGGCAGUCGGACGGCAGGGAGGCGAGCAUUAUCAUGGAACUGGUCAAACAGGCCUCCGUUCCCGUCUGCAUGCUGCUCACCAUCCUGGUGUGUUGGUGGAAGUGGCUGUGGAGCUUGAGGGUUCUGAAUAUUUGGCCGGUCCGCUUUAUUUCCAGCAAGUUGUCCACGUGCGUUCAGGCAGUACACAGGACAGAUCAUUUUCAGACUGUCUUCUCUACUCGGAAAGCCACGACACACACAGACUUCAUGAGGAAGGCGAACAUGUUUGUGUCCUUCUUUAUGGAUAUAGCUCUGGGACUACUGCUGAUCUCUUGGCUCUACAGAGAGAAUCGUAUCAGCCAGCUAGCUAACACCUUAGUGCCGGUUGCCGAUCAUGUAGCCAAGGAGCUGCAGGAUCUGCUGGAGUGGCUGAUGGGCGCCCCCGCUGGUCUGAAGAUGAAUCGAGCGCUCGACGAGGUUUUAGGGAGAUUCUUCCUCUACCAUAUUCAUCUGUGGAUCAGCUACAUCCGUCUGAUGUCUCCAUUUAUUGAAAUGAUCCUGUGGUACGUCGGACUGUCCGCCUGCCUGGGCUUGACCUUUGCCCUUUCUGUGCUGUCGGACAUUGUGGCGCUUCUGACCUUCCACAUCUACUGCUUUUAUGUGUAUGGAGCCAGGCUCUACUGCCUUAAGAUCUACGGCUUGACGUCUCUCUGGAGGCUUUUCCGUGGAAAAAAGUGGAAUGUCCUGAGACAGCGUGUGGACUCCUGCUCCUACGACCUGGACCAGUUGUUUCUCGGGACUCUGUUCUUCACCGUCCUGUUGUUUUUGCUUCCCACCACCGCUCUCUAUUACCUGGUCUUUACUCUGCUGCGGUUAGUGGUGGUGAUGUUCCAGGGUUUGAUCCACCUCAGUGUAGACUUCAUCAACUCCUUCCCAUUGUUCGCCAUGGGGCUGCGUGUGUGCAGGCCGUACAGACUGGCCGAGGGAGUGAAGUUCUGUGUGUUGCAUGAAGAACCUGGUGCUCCACUUCACCUGAUGAUGGAGAUUAACCCUCUGCGGUGCAGUACAGUGCUGCAGUGUUAUCGUUUCGAAACAUCUGGCUGCUCAUCCAGAGACUCGUGGCUCACUUUGUGUAAGAAGCUUUUUGUUGGAGAGCUCAUUUACCCCUGGAGGCAGAAAAGCACCAAGACUGAUUGAACCACAGCCGAGAUUCUCCUGAGCUCUACAGCACACCCCACGACCCCACGAGCGGUCCGAUGACAUGCUGACUUCCUGCACUCGCUGUCUAAGGUGGAAUUGGUGGUGUUUUUUUUUUUUUUUUUAACUCUCUCUCUCUCAUGGUCUGUUUUUUUCUCACUCCAGCAUCACUACUUAAUAUUUUAACCCUAGUCUUAAUAAAUGCUGACAAAAAUCAAGAUUUUGAUUGUUUUUAUAAUAUCUUGUUGAUUCUACAUUAUUUUGGUACAUUUAAUAAGUCAGCAGUUUUGUGUACAGAUUAAAAUAAUAAUGAAACAAUAAUGUAGUGAUUUAGUGAUUAUGAGGUCGACUAAACAAAUGACCCGUCCUGAUUCAUGCACCUUAGUGAUUUGUUUAAUUAUCUUCAGUUGUCGUGUUAAUCAGAGACGCGUUAUCAUAUUAAUAGAGCCGAACAAUUCUGUCAAAUUAAAUAAUUCCCAACUGAUUUAUGUUUGUAUUAUAACAUCUAUAUAAAGCGAUUAUGCAGCAAA